CCGUCGCAUUGACAACAUUUCCAUUAUUGUGAGUUUGAAUACAAAGUGCCAUAUAACUUGUCGGAAGAAAACAUACAAAAGGACAAGUAAUAUCCACCAAUAAGACAAACGCCAUGGGACAACUUCCGCCGCGGCUUUUGUCCGUGGGUAUCAUCGCUGCUGCACUAACAUUUAUACUAUUACUAAUACCAGCUUCAGCAAAUACUUGCAUUGUUGGUUGUCAUGGAAUGCAAGGGGGCAAAGGAUACGCAGAGGGCAAUACCUAUUCAUAUGGAUUUGAAGGAACAUCUGUAACUGCAGUGAGUGAAGCACAAGGUGACUCGACAGUUAAGCUAAGCGCGAAUGUUGAACUCUCAGUGAAGCCUGAUUGUGUUCGUCAAUUGAAAUUGAAAAACGUCCUUCUUAAUGGAACUCCGAUAAGUCAGAAGGAUGUGGAGCAAUAUGCUCUUCAAUUCAAUUACCACAAUGGACAUAUCGACACAAGUGUCUGCACUGAGCCACAUGAUUCCCAAGCUUCUCUCAAUAUUAAACGAGCUAUCGCAUCACUCUUCCAAACAGCAGUUAUGCAAGACAGUGGAGUUACUAUGCAUCGUGAGACCGAUGUAUUUGGUAAUUGUGAGACAAAUUUUGAGUUUCGCACGGAAGGUGAUAAGCUGACUGUUCAUAAACGUAAAAACUUGUCAAACUGUUCCCACCGGGAGCAUCUGCGCCAUGGGCUCUUGUAUUCCACUUAUGAUGGGUCCUCCGAUAUUCAGACAUCGCCAAUUGUCGAUUCACAUCAAGAGAUUGAGCAGAUUCUCGAGAAUGGAAUACUCAAUAGUGUAAAAUCAACAGAGACUUACAUCUACAGACCUUUCACAAAUGGUGAGGCAGGUGCAAAAACUGUUAUUCACUCAAAAUUGAUUCUAAAAUCUUCUUCUGCUGAUGGACAAUCAAAAGCACUGGUAUCUAUUCCAAAGUCACUUAUAUUUGAAGCACCUCAUCCGGUUGUCGAAUCGUCAGCAGAAGCUAUUAUAAAUUCAUUAAAAGCCAUAAAAGAAACAUCCAAACCUGAGGAAAUAAAGAAUGGUGCAGCUGAAAAAUUUGGAGAUUUGAUAAAAGUUUUGCGUAAAAGCAAUAAAAAUGAUAUAAUCAGUGUUUAUCAGAAACUUAAAGCAGGAGCAAGUGGAUUUGAUAAGAAUUAUGAUAAAAAAAUUUUAUUGGAUGCACUUUAUAGAACUGGUACAGGCGAAGCGGCAGAGGUUGCUGUUUAUUUAAUAAAAAAUAAAGAGCUCGAUGAUUAUGAAAAAAUGGCUUAUUUAGCCAGUCUCUCGUUGGUUGAUCAUGUCAAUUUGCCAGCAGUGACAGCAGUUGUAACAUUACUAGAUGAAAAAGAUGUACCACGAAUUGGUUAUCUCGGCAUUGGUAAUAUUAUUGGUAAAUAUUGCCGUGAUCAUGAAUGUGAUAAUGUAGCUGAAGUAAAGGCAGCCCUGGCAAAAAUUUCAUCUAAAAUUCAUCAGAAUAAUGGAAUACCAAAAAAUCGUAAAAAUGAAAAUGAAAUAAUAGCGUCAUUUAAAGCACUUGGCAAUGCUAAAUACCUUGAUAAAGAGACUGUUGAGAAAAUGGUAAAAAUUAUCAAUGACAAGACAAUUCAUAAUCGAGUACGAGUUUCUGCAAUUGAAGCACUCCCAGCUAAAUGUAGCGUGGAAUGGACUAAUCCAAUACUUGAUAUAUUUGCUAAUCGUGAAGAGGACAGUGAAGUUAGAAUUAAAGCCUACUUGAGUUUGAUUGCUUGUCCAUCAGCUACAGUUGCCAAUCGCAUAAAGGAAAUUAUUGAUAAAGAAACUGUUAAUCAAGUGGGAUCAUUCGUUACGAGUCAUUUGAAAAAUUUACGAGCCAGCACUGAUCCAAGUAAAACAAAUGCGAAAAAAUAUUUUCAAGAGAUAAGACCACGCAAUAAAUUUCCCAUUGAUUAUCGUAAAUUCUCAUUCAAUAAUGAAUUAUCAUACAAGAUUGAUAAAUUUGGAAUUGGUUCGACAAUUGAACAAAAUAUUAUUUAUAGCCAAAAAAGUUGGUUACCACGUUCAACGAAUUUGAAUCUUACAACUGAAAUUUUUGGACGAUCAUUUAAUUUCUUGGAGAUUGAUACACGCAUUGAAAAUUUGGACAAAUUAAUUGAACAUUAUUUUGGACCAAAGGGAAUUAUUAGGCAUUCUGAUAUAGCUGAUUUAAUUGUUAAUGGGAAAAAUACAUUCUCAAAUGUGUAUGGUCGUGUGAAAGAACGUAUGGAAAAAAUAGGACGUGGACGUCGUGCUGCAUUAAAUUAUGGAGAUGUUGAAAAAUUUUCUAAAAAUAUAAAAUCAACAAAAUAUGAGGAUACACUAGAUGAUGAUGUUGAUAUUGAUAUAUCUGUAAAAAUGUUUGGUCUAGAAUUGGCAUUUAUGGAUUUAAAAGAUAGCAAUGUGAAUGAUAAUGACAAAUCAACAUCUACUAUUGAUAAAAUCUUCAAGUACAUAGAUGAAGCAUUAAAUAAUGCAAAAAAUUUUGAUUACAGUGUAUCAAAACACUUGCAUUUCAUGGACAUUGAUAUAAUAUAUCCAACUGGUUUAGGUUUUCCAUUAUCCAUUGGAAUUGAAGGUAAUGGUGUAACUAAUGUAAAGAGUAGUGGUAAAAUUGAUUUAAAAUCAAUUAUAAAAGAUCCAAAGAAUGCAGUUAUAAAAAUUGGAUUGGAGCCAAGUGCUAGUAUUAGCAUCGCCGGUAGUCUUACCAUUGAUACAUUUGGCAUUGAAAAUGGUUUAAAAGUUAUUGGUGAUAUACAUACAUCGACUGGUAGUGAUGUCUCACUUAGACUACUUGAUGGCAAUGGUUUUGACAUCAAUUUUGGAAUACCCAAGAGGAAGCAGGAAAUAAUAAGUGUAUCCAGUAAAGUGAUUUUCAUUGAUAAAAAUGGAUUGAAAACACCAGUGAAAUUUACCAAAGGUAAAGAGCACUCUGAUUGCUUUGAUCAAUUUUCAACAAUUCUUGGAUUAACAAUUUGUGGCCAUUUCUCAUUUCCUUAUGAAUCACUUGGAUCCAUUGAUAAACGACCAUUCUUUCCUAUAAGUGGACCGGCUAAAUUUGCCUUGAGUAUUGAAAAUACUGACGCAACUUCUUAUCACUUACGGGCAUUCUAUGAUAAAUCAAAGGACAACUAUAAAUCAAUGGAAAUUCUCUUUGAAACACCAAACAGUCGGAAUAAUCGAAAAGUAUUACUUCGUAUUGAAGGCUCUAAUGAACCAACUAAAAAAUACAUUAGAGCUGUAUUUGAUUCACCAUUGAAAUAUGCCGAUGGACAAUUGGCUAUUGAAAAUAGUGAUAAGAAGAAGGCAUUUACAGUAACACUCAAGCAUGACAAGGAUAAUUAUUAUGGAUCAAUUGGUAUUGUUGCCAAUGGAAAUAAAUACAAACCAAUUUUGGAAUAUAAAAUACCUGAACAUAUUGAAAAAUUGGCCGUUGGUGGUAAAGCCGCCGGUGAAGCAGCAGCAGCAGCUUAUAAACUUGAUGGUGAUAUUAUCGUCAAUGAUCAGGAUCAAAUGAUGAAAAAGUAUAUAUUUGAAAAAAUUACUUUAUUUGUACAUGGUAAAAAAUUGGCAAGUUUAGAUGGAUCAGUAUUAUCAGGAACACGUUUACUUGUUGUUGAUGCUAAUAUUGCUCAUAAAGAUGAAAAUUUUCACCUUAAAUUCGAUGGAAAGUUUAAUGAUCAUGGAUUAGAUGUAAAUUUGGCUGUUGUACCAUUUAAAAAUCCAAAUAUCGGUUUUCAAUUGGUUUGGCACUAUGAUUUGACAAAUGAAAAAAUUGAUCACAAUUUUAUAUUUACUUAUGGUGCUGAUCUUCAAUCUAAAAUAAAUCGAUUCACUUUUACUGAGCAUGUUACAUAUAAAAAAAAUAAUAAUCAACGCUCAACAGAUUAUGCAUAUGUACCAUUGACAGCAUUUAAAUGUAAAUCAGAAAUUACUUGGCCAGCUCAAAAUUUUCAUGCUAAACUUGAAAAUCAACUCUCUACUCACCAUUGUGAAACUGAAAUCAAUUUACACUAUGGAAAAUUCAAAUUUGGUACUGAAAUGGAAAUUAAAAUUGAUGAAACUAAUCCCUCAAAUUGGCAAUUUGAAUUUGAUACAUAUCUUAUUGAUAGUAAAUUGUCAUUGAGCGCUAAGCAUGAAAAAAUGACUGCUUAUAAGAGAAAAAUUGAGGGUAAAUUUGAAAUACCAGGAGCUAAAUAUGAAGGUGAAGCUAUAACACUGUAUCAUGUUGAAGGGCACAAUGCUAAUAUUGGACUUGAGAGUAAAUUCAAAUUGAAUGGUAAAAAAAUAGAAGUGAAUUAUGAUUUUGAAAUGAAUCCUCAAAAAUUAAAUAGUCAUGCUCUUGUGAGUUUUGAUAAUACAAAAUAUUUGGAAUAUCUUUUGGAAGGAACAAGAGGAGCAAAGCCACAUGGUAAAUUGACACUUAUAAUGAAGAAAAUUUUAAUAAUUGCUGGUCAAUUUACAUAUGAAAAUGGCAAAGGUAGUAGUAGCAUUGACAUUGAGCUUCCAAGAUUUGAGCGAAAAAUAAAAGGAAAUGGAGCACUAACAAUUAGUGGUACACAUCACAUUGCCAGCAUUGAAGUUCUACUUGAUGCUGAAAGAGAUCCAAAUAAACGCAUCAAAUUAUCAAGUGAUUCAGACCUGACUAAAACAUCUAUUGAUACGAAAAAUAUCAUUGAAAUUUUAUCUUAUAAAGUGGAAAUCAAUGGAAAAGGAAAGUUUAUUGAUAAUAAUAAAUCAGGUCGUGAUUUGGAGGGUACAUUUGAUUUACUUCUGCCGAAUGGCCGUUAUUUCAUUGUCAAUGGUAAAGGUAAAGCAAUACGUGCAGCUGAUAAAACCCUAAUUAGUGGUAAAUAUGAACUAUUGGAUCAUCAAAAUAAAGGUGGACAAUCACGUAAAAUUGGCUAUGAAUAUGAUUUGGCUAUGACUGAACCAAAACACGAUAAUGUUGAGGCAAAACAUAAUUUAUUACUGGCUAAUUAUGAUGAUAAAAAUUUACAAAUUACUUUUGCCACUAAAUACACUGGAUCUCCUAUUGUGGAUGGGGCGAUAAAUAAGGCUGAUAUUCAAUUUAUUGCAUCAGGAAGUUAUUUACCUAAAGAAUUAAAAUUCAUCUUUAGCAGUGAUAAGGAGACAAAGGACAAAGCCUCAUGGAAAUUAGAUUCAUCGUUUGGUAAUGAUUUGACAAUCAAUGCUGGUGGUAAUCAUUUAAACGGUUAUUAUGAAAAUAAACCAAGCAUUGCUGAUAUAAGUAUAGCAUUGCAAUUACCAAAUGAAAAACUUCGUAAUUUAAAAUAUCAUGGUAAAAUUAGUCUCUUAUUGCCUAAUGAAAAUAUUAAUGAUUUUGAAUACACAACUAUUCAAACAUUGACAUAUAAUGAUGAUAAAACAAUCAGUGGUGAUAUUAAUAUUCGAGCAAAUGGAUUCCAGCAGCCAGGAGAGAUUAAAAAAGAGAGUACAGGAAAAUUGAAACUGGUUAUUCUUCAACAUUCACCAUUGAUAAUCAAUGGCAAUAUUAAAUACGAUCCAUCUGGAGAAAUAAAGAGAGGUGAUGGUUCCAUUGUUGUUAAUUAUGGUGAUAAAAAAGUGGCUUUGAAUUUUGAUAGCACGUAUAAAUUGGAUCUCAGCCACAUAGGUAUGAAUAUAAAAGCUACAACACCUGCUGAAAAAUUGCACAAUGUUGAAUUUGGCUUUGAACGCAAUGCCGUUAAUAAAAAAAUUAAUGACAAUGGUGCCUUGAAUAAAUACAACGUUCAUCUGAUUGCCGAUGGAAAGAAGUACGAUGUAAGCAGUGAAUUUGAAAUUAAUGAUAAAAAAUUCAAUCGUGUUGAUAUGAUUUUCACAUGCCCCGAAGGUAAAACUGAAAUUCAUUCAAUGAUGAAUAUAAUUGGUGAAAAUGAAUACAAGGGUGAUUGGAAAGUUGUAACACCAAAGGGCUUUGCAGUUGCUGAUGGCCAUUUGAAAUUUGAAAAUAUCGAUGAUUUUAUUAUUGAUUUCAAUUUUGAUAGUGAUAAAAUUAAAGAGCGAAAAAUCCAUGCCGAAAUAGCGUCAAAGCCAGCAAUCAAGACUGGCAAAAGAAUCAUUAUCACCGUUACCAGUGAUGGUAAAAAUAUUAUAACAGGAAGUACAAAUUAUAAUAAACGCGAUGAAGUGGAUAAAGUUAUUGUUGAAGGAAGUGGUAAUUUGAAAAUUGGUGAUAAUACAAGAAGUUCAAAAUUCAUGUAUUCACGUAAACAACUUAGACGGAAUAAUGACGGUGAAACUGGCGUUGUAAUUAUGUUGAAUGCCAAUUUUGGACCUUCAGCUGUUGUUGGAGAAUUCAAACUAUCUGAUAAAGAAAUCAAUAUAUUAAAUAGUUUCUGCGAGAAGAGUAAAGAUUGUGCACACUUCAAACUUCGAUCGAUACUUGAUAGUGAUCGUGAAACACGUAUGAAUCAUCAAAUAACCCUUGAAGUUGAUCUAAAAAAAUUCUACGUACCUGUUGAAUUUGGAUUAAAAAUAACAAGCAAAUAUCAGCCCAAAGAAUUGACAUUCGAUCAUACUGCCAAUUUAUAUUUACAUACAUCAAAAGAUAAAACACAAUAUUCGUCUCAUAUAUAUAUGAAUAUUGAUGAAACUGGUGUUGUUUUAACAGUGCCAAAUCGUGAAUUUGCCCUGAUAACAAUAAUCAAUGUGCCAAAAUCAAAAAUUCCAGUGGGGCCAUUUAAAAUUGAUUUAUCAGUUUAUUUGGACAGAAAGAAUCAUCCAAAUGAUAAAACAAGCUUUAUUGCAAAUGGUGAUAUUAUUGGGGAUAAAAAUUCCGCUGGAAUAUCUGGUGAAGUGCGUUUUAUUCAUCCAGGACAAACUAAAGAUAUGAUGGUAAAGGGAAAAAUUUAUACUGGUAAUGAAUAUUAUCUCGAUGCUAAUGUAGAUUUUGAUGUUUUUGCAAAAAAAACACAAAAAAUAACAGUUGCUGCUCAACUCUUUAAAAGACAAAUGGAAAAAGGUUACAAUAUAACUGGCCUAGUUGAUGUAACAAGCCGUGGUCAACAAUUGAAAGUUAAUUUGAAGAAUAAUUUAGCUGUAUCAUCAAGUGAAAUGGGCUUUGAAACAUCUCUAUCAUACAAUGAUAAAAAUCAAAAAGCCAAAACAGUGGGAGUAUUUUUCAACGCCAAUGCCAAGCAGAUUAAUUUGAAAAUUCAAGGACCUAAUAAAUAUUUACUACAAUCAGACUCUACUAUUGAAUUGAGUAAAAAUAAACAAAUGAUUGAAUCUAAAUAUCAAAUUGUUGAUAAUCCAACAGUUGUGGUCAGUAUUGAGGCACAUGACUUUAAUAACUUUAAAUAUCAAAGUUAUCAGCAAGAUAAGCCAGAUAACAAAUUAAUUGUUAGUGGUAGAGCUGUUAUUGGACAAGUUGGUGAAAUUCAUGCUGAUGCAAUGAUUAAUGGUGAAAAGAAAAAUCUCUUCAAUAUUGCUAUUUAUCUCGAUGAAAAUCGUUUUCUCAAGCCAAAUUUUGCAUAUAAUAAGGAUAAUAUCGUAUAUAUGAUUGAUUUAUAUCGUGAAAAAUUGUUAAAAUAUGCUGAAAUAUUGAAAGAAGCUGGCAAACAAGUUAAUGAUGAGGCAUCCAUUGAAUUUAAAGAUUUAAUUGAUCAUUUAAAAAAAUCACAGUCAAAUUGGAGACCAAUGAUUGAAUAUUAUCAAAAAGAAUUAAUAAAAUUGAAGGAGGAAAUUAACAAUGACAAAAUUCUUCAUGAAAUUAUUGAUGCUUAUAGCAAAGUUUUUGGAGGUAUAACAACUGCAAUUGUACAAAUAAUAAAACAAUUGACUGAGCAUAUUGAACAAUUGCACAAACAAUUUAAUGAAAUAAUGGAAAAAUUGUGUGAAGCCAUUAAAUCAACCUCACCAAGGAUCAAGGAAUCCAUUGAUAAAAUUGCCAAAGCUGCUUUAGAAAUAAUUGAUGCUGCAAGUAAAUUAGCCGCUACAUAUGUCAAAGCUAUUAUCAAUAUUAUUAAUGAGCAUCAAAAAGAAUUAAAAGAAUUGAUAAAAUUGAUGAGUGAAAUUGCUCAUGAUAUAAUAAAAAUUUUAUCCAAAGGUAUCAAACAAAUUGAGGCUGAUGUGAAGAAUUUUAUUACAAUGGUGAGUCAACAAAUUAAAGCUCUUCCAAUUAAUGAAUUCUUUUCAUCAUUAACAAAAUACAAAUGGUCGGAUAUUUCCAAUUAUAAAAUACCAGAAGGAAUUUUAAUGCCAAUUGAAGAGGCAUUUGUUCAACUUACAAAACUAUUACCAACUGAAGAAUUACGUCAAUUUGUUACAAUCACAUACAAUUAUUUAAUGAAACUCAUUAAACACGAGAGUGUCGAUGAACAAAUGGAAAUUAAAAAUAUUUAUACCCAUGGAAUUGAUGCACUACGAUCAAUAAUUGCACUUAUACAACAUCAGGAUAUUAAUAAUCACGAGUUUUUCGGAAUAUUUGGCGAUAAUUUAUUAGCCAAUUUGCACUAUAUUAGAAAUAUUGCUGGUUUACCAAUUUUAAAAUUAUCCAUUAUCAAUGUCAUUCGGAAUGGUGAACUUCCAAGUAUUAGUGAUUUAUAUUAUACUUAUCGUCCAACUGGUCAUACUUAUUCUGAUAUCAUACCACCGUUCAGUAAAAUGGCAAUUGUUGUUGAAGGUGGACACUUCUUUACAUUUGACGGACGUCAUUUAACAAUGGCUGGUACAUGUGAUUAUAUAUUGGCACAUGAUACACAUAAUGGAAAUUUCACAAUAAUUGGUAGUUUCAAUGGUGGAAAAUUCAUCAGUCUUACUAUUGUAGCACCCAGCGAGAGUAUAACACUUAAAUCCAAUGGAAAUAUAUUGGUAGAUGAUAAACCAGCCGAAUAUCCAGCUAAUACGAAAAAUCUUCAUGCAUUUUUAACACCUCCUAUUGUCAAUGUUAAAUCAGAUUAUGGUAUACAUGUUGCCUGUAGUCAAAAAACUCCAAUGAUCUGCAGUGUUUAUGUCUCCGGAUUUUAUCAUGGAAAAUUACGUGGUAUUUUCGGUGAUGCUAAUAAUGAGCCUUAUGAUGAUUUAACACUUCCUACUAAUCACAUUACUGAAAAUGAGUCUGAUUUUGCUAAUGCAUAUCGACUCAAUUCAGCAUGUACAAUAGCACCAGCCAUUGAUCAUCAUGAAACUCACGCACGCAAUCCCACAUGUACAUCUUAUUUCACUGAUACUUCUUCAAUGAGUUCAUGCUUCAAUUAUGUCAAUCCAAUGGCAUUCCGUCAAGCCUGCGAUCAUGCUACAGCAGCUGGAACCCCUCGUGCUGCAUGUCUCAUUUCUGCUGCUUAUUAUGCAGCUUGUCGGAAACAAGGUAUUGCCAUUUCAAUUCCAACUGAAUGUGGGGCCUGCAAAGUUGGCAAAGAUAAAAAUGUCGCUAUUGGUGACAAUUUCAGUGUUAAAAUACCUAAUAAAGAGGCCGAUAUUGUAUUUUUCAUUGAACAAAAUACCAAGAAUGACAAGAUAUAUCAUGAUUUUAUUGUACCUCUAAUGGCUGAAGUUAAAAAUGAAUUUAAACAUUAUGGAAUCAAUGAUAUUCAUAUUGGAUUGAUUGGCUAUGGUGAGGAUAUGAAAUGGCCCCAACAUUAUACAACCGGUGGCAGUGCCAAUAUCAAUGGAGAAGUUAAAAAUAUCAAGUUUUCCGAGGCUAAUAGUCCAAUAACUUUUAAACAAGCUAAAGAGGGUGAUGUUAAAACUCGUCUCAAUUAUGCCAAACAAAGAAUUGAUGUUGAGCUUGGAACAUUUGCCAUCACCGAUGCUUAUGAAGAAGCGAUACGUUAUCCCUUUAGAAUUGGAUCUGCUAAAGCUGUUGUUGGUAUUAUAGCAACACCUUGUGAAAAAAGCCCUUUACCACUUUCUCUUCAACAAGUCAGAUUAUUCAUGGGACAAAAAGCUUAUCGUGAUCUUGGAUUGACCUACCAUCACAUUGGUUUUUUAAAUGAUAUAUUAGUAUCUGGUAAAAUGCAAAAGAAUGUUGUAGGAUAUGAUUCAACUGCUGCUUACACAUUAGCCGAUAGUAAAAACAAACCACUGCAAGGAAGUAUCGAUAAAAAUAACUUGGUUCUAACUAGCAAUGAUGUCUGCGCUGGAUUUGCUGUAUCUUCGGGAGGUGCAGCUUUCAGUUCGAAUCACUUUCUCGAGGCAAAGCCAAAUCAACAAAAACAAUUUAUACAAGUAACAGCAAGACGAAUUGUUGAUGGUAUGGCAAAUGUCCAAUUACAAGAGGAUUGUAUCUGUAAACAACAGUCAGGACUUAAUGGCCAUGCAAACUGUAAGAUUGUUGGACGCAAAGAAAAAGAAUCGCUUGGUAGGCAUGCUAAGGAUUCCGUCAAGGGUUGAAAAAUUUCAACAUCCAUAAUGUUCCCCUUCCCACAAGCCACAUAGAAUUUUUUACUUUUAUGAGAAAGAUGAUAGAAAAAGAAAACAAAAACAAAAUAUAUUAUUAAAUCCAUCUUUUUUCAUUUUUAUUUACUAUUACUAUACGAAUUGUAUAUUAUAGAUUAAUACCACUAUACUCUUGUACGAUCAAUUUGUUGGAUUUUUUAUUUUGUUCAUAUAUUAUAUUUUGUAUUUCUUGUAAUACGUAUUAUACGUACAUGUGACCAUUUAUUCGAAUCAUACCUCGAUGAGUCAAUGAAUAUUAAUAAUAAUAAUAAUAAUAAUAAUAAUAAUAAUAAUAA